ACUCAUGUGUCCCGGUAAACGCCCAGUGGUUUACUAAAUUUAAACAUCCAGAAUGUAAAACUCCUGCUGAAUGUUUAAAAUGUUCAGAUGCUUCAAUCUUCUUCUGCUGCUGUUUUGUCAGGUUUAUCACAGCGAAACCUCCUCUAUAUCUGUGUCAGGAGAAAAGGGAGGAAACAUCAGACUCAGAUGUGAACAUGAGGACGAUAAUAUUGUUCAGAUUGAUUUAUUCAAGCUGUCAGACAACAUAUCAAGAUUCAUAUCUGUGUGUGAGACUGAAGAAUGUAGUGGAAGAGUGUUUAAAGAAGGAAACUGUGACGUCGUCAUCAAGAAUCUGAUCUUCAGUGAUGCUGGGAAAUACACUUUGGAUAUCUAUUACGAUAAUGAUCAGACAGAGCUGGAGCCAAAUAAUGAUCGGACAGUGCCGAGGGAACAAAAGAAGUGGACGUACCAACUUCAUAUUCAUGAUGAGAUUUCUGUGAAAACAGGCGAGGAGCUAAAGAUGUCUGUUCUGGUGUCUGAUGCUGAUAAAGUGAAGACAAACUCUAGUGGAGAGUGGAAGGAGGUUUGGACGAGAGAUCACGGGGUUCAGAGCGACCGAAUGAAUGAUGAUAAUGAUGGAAACCUGAUCAUUAAAUCAUUUCUGGACAGUGAUGCAGGAACAUACAGAGUUCUGGACACUGAAGGAGAAAUCUUGAUCACAGUCACAAUCACAGCAUCUGGUACAGAAUUACUGGAAAAACACAAAAAUGACACUGGACAACACAAGAACUGGAUUGUACCAGUUGUCGUGUGUUUGCUGAUUCUGGCUGUGAUUGUGAUUUCUGUCUUCAUAUGGAGACGUCAGCACAGAGAUCACACACAGGUUCAGGAGAAUACAGAGAACACACAAGAACUGGAGAAACUAUAAUGAUCUUCACUGAACACCUGAGAUCCACUGGUUACUUGUGAUGUGUCUUCAGUGCCAAGACGACUCUGUCACAUAUAACAGCUGCUGGAGAGAUAUGUGUGGUUAAAAAUAUAUGAUGUGUGAGCUGACAUUAUUAAGAGAUGAAGUCUAGUAGAAAGCAGUUAGUAUUAUCUGAGAUCAUCAGAGAUAAAGAUGAUCAUCUUCAUGUUGAUUAGCACUGAUCGUUGACUCUGAGAUCAGCAGAAUAUGAUCCUCACAGUAUAACAGAGUAACUGAUCUCCUGAUUGUUCUGUCAUUUCUAUGUAUUUCUAUGUAUGUUUUGAACACAUCUGUUGAAAUAUGUGUCAAUGUGAGGAAGAGGACAAAGUUUCUUUCCAUUUGAAACAUCUUCAGAGUUUUCUCUUGCUUCUGUUGUCUGUUACUAUUCUUUGUGUCAUAGUUCAAUUAGGACAUUUAAGUCAUUUUUAUAAACAUGCCUCAGAAAAAACAUUACUGGUGUACUUUUUGAGACAAAACAAAGGCACUGAUAUAUUUCAAGAUCAGUUCAGUGUACGUUUCUUUCAGCUGAAACAGCUCAGAAUUACACUUUAGUCCAGGACUAGUCUUAAGUCUCGUCUGUGAAUCCAGAGGAGUGUGUGUUAAUGUGACACUGAUGUAUAACUGUGUUCUGUGUAAUGUCACAUACACUAUUUCGAUUCAGGUU